UCUCUCUCUCUCUCUCUCUCUCUCUCUCUCUCUCUCUCUCUCUGUCCGCGUCCAGGGGGCGAUCAAGCGGCGGGGAUGAUGGGAGUCUGGCCGGUCAGCCCUACCAGCCUACCGACCUACCGACGCGCCGAAACGCAUCCAAACACUCCGCUCUGACGGCAAAACUUGCCACUUUUUCACCUUCAGUGAAUUUCUCCAAAAGAAAAAUCAAAUUAAAGCAACAGCUGGAGGCGCGAGGAGGACUUUUAUUUUGGAGGUUCUUCUUGUUAAUGAUCACACCUGAAAAGGAUGGGAAGAAAUUAAAAAUCUGUUUUCCCGAGGUGGAGGAGUGUGUUUCUCGGGAUCAAGGGGGAAUAAAAGCAAACUGGAGCUUCUCCCGGAGGAUUAAAGCGGCUGAAGUUGAGAAGAUGCCGGAGGAAGCGGAGCAGACGGAGUGAAGCAGCCCGGUGCGCACUUUCCCCUCCCCGGCUGGACUGAAGCGCUACAGUCCGCUCCCCCCGUGCCGCUGCUGGAGGGACACUUCUGCGCUCCUGUCGCUCCUCAUUUAUCCUGUCAUCAUUAUUUCACUGCUUGGAUGUAAAAAAACAAACAUCUUCUUCUUUUUCCUCCAAGAGAUUUUUUUUAUUCCAAACACUUUUCCUCUGUGGCGCUGCGCGGAGUUUUUGUGCUCAUGGAUCGGCCACUUUGCGCCUCGGCUCCGGAUGGGAUUUGGCAGCUGUGAGCGGGGCGCGGCGGAGCGGUGAUGGUGUGAAAGCCACAUCCAAACAAACCCGCAGUUUUUAACGCAGGAGUUUCACAUCUGGUAUACUGGGCCAGUCAGCAGCAGGAUCAGGAUGAGAAGAUGGCUGGCUGUGUGUUUCCAAUGGGACCAGAGAGCUUUCAGCGCUUCACGCCGGACUCCCUGGCGGGCAUCGAGCAGCGCAUUGCCCAGGAGCGGGCCCGACGCAACAAACAAUACCAGGAGGACCUGGGCGACGUGGAGCUCCCCCGGCCCCGGCCCGACCUGGAGGCAGGAAAACAGCUGCCGCGCAUCUUCGCCGACAUCCCGUCUCAUCUGGUGGGCGUUCCCCUGGAGGACAUCGACCAGUACUACUUCAAAGACAAGAGGACCUUCAUAGUCCUGAACAAAGGGAAGGCCAUCUUCCGUUUCAGUGCCACAUCAGCUCUCUACAUCUUCAGCCCUUUCCACCCCAUCCGCAGAAUCGCCAUCAAGAUCCUGGUCCACUCAUUAUUCAGUUUGUUCAUCAUGUGCACCAUCCUGACCAACUGUUGCUUCAUGGCCAUGUCCGAGCCGGCAUACUGGGCCAAAUACCUGGAGUACACCUUCACAGGUAUCUACACGUUCGAGUCUCUCAUAAAGAUCUUGGCCAGGGGUUUCUGUGUGGGGCCCUUCACUUUCCUGAGGGACCCCUGGAACUGGCUCGACUUCAGUGUCAUCGUCAUGGCAUAUGUGACUGAGUUUGUGGACCUGGGUAAUGUGUCAGCCUUAAGGACGUUCAGGGUGCUGCGAGCGCUCAAAACCAUCUCUGUCAUCCCAGGCCUGAAGACCAUUGUUGGCGCUCUGAUCCAGUCAGUGAAGAAACUCGCUGACGUGAUGAUCCUCACCGUCUUCUGUUUGAGCGUCUUCGCCCUCAUCGGCCUGCAGCUCUUCAUGGGAAACCUGCGGCAGAAGUGCGUCCGCAGCACGGCACACUGUGUCAACAGCAGCCUGCCGGCCAACACCACCUUCUAUUGCAACAACAAGACCUGGGCCUCCAUGAAGGACUUCAUCAACGACGAGGAAAACUUCUACAAGGUGGAGGGAGCCAAGGAUGCCUUAAUCUGUGGGAACAGCAGCGACGCAGGAAAGUGCCCAGAUGGGUUUGAGUGUCUGAAGGCAGGGAGGAACCCCAACUACGGCUACACCAGCUUCGACACUUUUGGGUGGGCCUUCCUGUCUUUGUUUCGCCUGAUGACACAAGACUACUGGGAAAAUCUCUACCACCAGACGCUGCGGUCAGCUGGUAAGACCUACAUGGUGUUUUUUGUGGUGGUGAUCUUCCUGGGCUCCUUCUACCUGGUCAACCUUAUCCUGGCCGUGGUUGCAAUGGCAUACGAGGAGCAGAACCAGGCGACCAUCGCCGAGGCAUGCCAGAAAGAACGGGAGUUUCAGACGGCCAUGGAGAGGCUUAAGAAGGAGCAACAGGCUGCUGCCCAGAAAAUUCUCGACUCGGACUCAAUAAUGUCACCAGAACUGUCACCAUUUGGCCUGCCAUUGGACAGCAUGGAGGAACGGAGGCGGAGUCAAGCGCUGGUGGGAGUGGCUGAUGUGGAGGCGAACCUAUCAGAGGAAAAGCUGCUGCAGGUGGACAUGACGGAUGGGGGAAAGCCCCUCCACCCUCUUCUCGCUCGCUCCUUCUCCACAAGGACUCGGCGAAGCAGCCAGGUCUCCUCCAUCUUCAACUUCCGUCUGAGGAGCCGGGGGUCAGAGGGGGAGAUGGCCGAUGACGAGUACAGCGUCCCAGGUGACGUGGUGGAAGGCGUUGGGGGUCGAACCUACAGUGGUGGGACCUUCAGUGGCAUCCUGCCGCACCCGUGGCCCAAACGACGACCAAGCACCUACAGCAAUGCCAGCAGGAGCUCCCAGGUAUUUUAUCCAACUCUGAACGUCAACGGGAAGCUGUUUGUUGCCAUGGACCAGAAUGGGGUUUCCCCACCAUCUCUGCAGGGGCAGCUGCCUGCCUGCACCAUGGAGAAGGUCAAGGAGGAGAGCGUCCCCACAUCCACCACAGAGCUUAGCACAAUGCUGUUACCCCGUCCUUCGUCCACACAGGAAUCAGAGCGGAGGGGGAGGGCGCUCAGCGCUGCCAGCUACCUCACUGAUGCCAUGGAAGAACUGGAGGAAGCCCAUAAGAAGUGCCACCCGUGCUGGUACGUGUUCGCCCACCGGUACCUGGUGUGGGACUGCUCUCCCACCUGGCUAAAAGUAAAGCAGCUGGUGAAGAUCAUGGUGAUGGACCCCUUCCUGGACCUGGCCAUCACCGUCUGCAUUGUCCUCAACACGCUCUUCAUGGCCAUGGAACACUAUCCCAUGACCGACGAGUUCAAUGGCAUGCUGACCAUCGGAAACCUGGUGUUCUCAGGGAUCUUCACAGCAGAGAUGUUGUUGAAGAUCAUUGCUCUGGAUCCGUACUACUACUUUCAGACGGGCUGGAACAUCUUCGACAGCAUCAUCGUCUGCCUCAGCCUCAUGGAGCUCGGCCUGUCUGAUGUGGAGGGGCUCAGUGUGCUGCGCUCCUUCAGACUGCUUCGUGUGUUCAAGCUUGCUCGCUCGUGGCCAACCCUUAACACCCUGAUCAAGAUCAUUGGCAACUCCAUGGGCGCUCUGGGCAACCUGACGCUCGUCCUCGCCAUCAUUGUCUUCAUCUUCGCUGUGGUUGGGAUGCAGCUGUUUGGUAAAAACUACCAGGACUGUGUGUGUAAGAUCUCAAAGGACUGCGCUCUUCCUCGCUGGCACAUGAAGGACUUCUUCCACUCGUUCCUCAUUGUCUUCAGGGUGCUGUGCGGCGAGUGGAUAGAGACCAUGUGGGACUGCAUGGAGGUCGCGGGUCAGCCGCUGUGCAUCCUGGUCUUCAUGCUGGUCAUGGUUAUCGGAAACCUGGUGCUGUUGAACCUCUUCCUGGCUCUGCUCCUCAGCAGCUUCAGCUCCGACAACCUGUCAGCUCCCGAUGACGAUGGCGAGAUGAACAACCUACACAUCGCCAUCCACAGGAUCACUAGAGGCCUGGCCUGGUGCCGCAGACAGGUGGUGGAUUUCUUCAAUGGGAAUCUAAAGCGCCGCCGUCAGAAGAGAAAAGAGGCCAAAGCCAUGAUGAAGCUCAAACGCUUGAGCACCAUCCACACUGAGGCCAAUGGAGCUGUCAUAGGCCGUCAUGUGGAGAAGUAUGUGGUGCCAGAGGAUGACAGCUACAUGACAAACCCAAACCUGACCAUCAGCGUCCCUAUCGCCCCUGGAGAGUCGGACGUAGAGUUCCCAGAGGAGGAGGAGGAGGAAGAGGAAGGGGAGGGGGAGGAGGAGCAGAGCGAGGGCUCUGAGGAAGAGGAGGAAAGGGAGGAGCAGAAAGAUGACAUCAGUCUAUCAGAGGGCAGCACAGUGGACCUCAGGAAGCCUGGAGAUGAAGAGGAUGAGUACUCAGAGAUGGCUGAAGAGGCCAUGGACCCCGACAACUGCUUUCCAGACAUGUGCGUGACGAGGUUUCAGUGCUGUGACAUCGACACAACGGCAGGCCCUGGUCAGAUGUGGUGGAGACUGAGGAAGACUUGUUACCAGAUUGUAGAGCACAGCUGGUUUGAAACCUUCAUCAUCUUUAUGAUUCUGCUAAGCUCCGGAGCUCUGGCCUUUGAGGACAUCUACAUCGAGCAGAGGAAGGUGAUCAAGGUGGUGCUGGAGUUCGCAGACAAGAUCUUCACCUACAUCUUCAUCCUAGAGAUGUUGCUCAAGUGGCUCGCCUAUGGCUUCAAGAAGUACUUCACCAACUACUGGUGCUGGCUUGACUUCCUCAUUGUUGAUAUCUCAGUGUUGGGUCUGCUGGCUCAGUUCAUCUCUAUGGACAACAUCGCCACUAUGCGUGUGCUGAGGACGCUCAGGGCUCUCCGUCCUCUCCGGGCCGCGUCCCGCUUCGCUGGUAUCAGGGUCUCAUUGGUCAGUUUGGUGGCCAAUACAUUGGGUUAUUCAGACUUUGCAGCCAUCAAAUCCCUGCGGACGCUACGGGCCCUGCGGCCCCUCAGAGCCCUCUCCAGAUUUGAAGGCAUGAGGGUGGUGGUGAACGCUCUGAUUGGGGCGAUUCCCUCCAUCAUGAACGUGCUGCUGGUCUGUCUCAUCUUCUGGCUCAUCUUCAGCAUCAUGGGCGUCAACCUGUUUGCCGGCAAGUUUGGCCGCUGCGUCAACCGCACAGGCCACAUGUAUGAGUCCUCCGUUAUCAACAACAAGUCCGAGUGCGAGGCAGUCAACGACACCUCACUCUACUACUGGACCAAAGUGAAGGUCAACUUCGACAACGUCGGGGCAGGAUACCUGGCUCUGCUGCAAGUGGCAACCUUCAAAGGCUGGAUGGACAUUAUGUAUGCAGCGGUGGAUUCACGAGCUGUUGAGGAGCAGCCUAUCAAGGAGAUCAAUCUGUACAUGUACCUGUACUUCGUCAUCUUCAUCAUCUUUGGCUCCUUCUUCACCCUCAAUCUCUUCAUUGGUGUCAUCAUCGAUAACUUCAACCAGCAGAAACGGAAGAUAAGAGGACAGGACAUCUUCAUGACAGAGGAGCAGAAGAAAUACUACAAUGCCAUGAAGAAACUGGGCUCCAAGAAACCUCAGAAACCGAUCCCCAGACCUCUGAACUCUCUGCAGGGCUUCUUCUUCGACUUGGUGGGAAAGCAGGCAUUCGACAUCAUCAUUAUGGUGCUGAUCCUCUUUAACAUGAUCACCAUGAUGGUGGAGACGGACGAGCAGUCACCUCAAAUGGAGUACAUCCUGAACAACAUCAACCUGGCCUUCAUCAUCGUCUUCACCAUAGAGUGCCUCAUCAAGAUCAUGGCGCUGCGCUGCUACUUUUUCACCGUCGGCUGGAACAUCUUUGACUUUGUGGUGGUCAUUCUCUCCAUCGUCGGUAUUGUGCUUGCUGACAUCAUUGAGAAGUACUUUGUUUCGCCAACGCUGUUCCGAGUGAUUCGACUGGCUCGUAUCGGAAGGAUUCUGCGUCUCAUCAGAGGGGCUAAGGGCAUCCGGACGUUACUGUUUGCCCUCAUGAUGUCCCUUCCUGCUCUGUUCAACAUCGGGCUCCUCCUCUUCCUGGUCAUGUUCAUCUACGCAAUCUUUGGCAUGGCCAAUUUCGCUUACGUGAAACGGCAGGCAGGCAUUGACGACAUGUUCAACUUUGAGACAUUUGGGAACAGCAUGAUCUGCUUGUUCCAGAUCACCACAUCUGCCGGCUGGGACAGUCUGCUUAGCCCCAUCCUCAACAACUCCCCUGAGGAGUGCAACCCCAACAUCCCCCACACUGGCACCACCGUCAGAGGAAACUGUGGGAACCCGUCGGUGGGCAUCACCUUCUUUGUCACCUACAUCAUCAUCUCCUUCCUCAUCGUGGUGAACAUGUACAUCGCCAUCAUCCUGGAGAACUUCAGCGUGGCCACGGAGGAGAGCACCGAGCCGCUGAGUGAGGACGACUUUGAAAUGUUCUAUGAAGUUUGGGAGAAGUUCGACCCUGAGGCCACACAGUUCAUCGAGUAUGCCAAGCUGUCCGACUUUGCCGACUCGCUGUCAGAGCCGUUGCGCAUCAGCAAGCCUAAUAAGAUCAAGCUGAUCUCUAUGGACCUGCCCAUGGUCAGUGGGGACAAGAUCCACUGCCUGGACAUUCUCUUUGCCUUCACAAAGCGUGUCCUGGGCGAGUCAGGCGAGAUGGACGCCCUCAAGCAGCAGAUGGAAGAGAAGUUCAUGAUGGCCAACCCGUCCAAGAUCUCCUAUGAGCCGAUCACAACGACUCUGAGGCGUAAACAGGAAGAAGUCUCCGCCACAGUGAUCCAGAGAUGCUACCGCAGACACCUGGUGAGGCGGCAGAUGAAGGCCGCCUCCUACCUGUACCGCCAGAUCACCACACCUCGGCACGCAGGAGAUGAAGGUGAAGAGGGAAUUUUCGGGGAGGAUGCACCUGAGAAAGAAGGGCUUAUUGCCGCCAUGAUGAGGGAGAACUAUGGCUCGAGUUUGUUAGGGAUGGAGCGCUCUGAGACAAUUUCCUCCACCUCAUCCCCACCGUCGUACGACAGCGUGACGCGAGCCACAUCAGAGACCUUUCACCCGCUUGCCGUCAAGACAGAAACAAUAGCUGCUGACACCGCGGGCAGCGAACCCAGUGAACAAUCAUCGUCGUUGGUUGACACUGACAGACAGCAGGAAGCUGUACCAUAGCAGGAACCAAAAAGCAAAAAAUCUAACAAAUGAGGAUGUCCUCGAUUUGGGUUUGUUCUUUUGUUUACUGAAUGUACCAUAGCUGAGGAACGCUGAGGAGGCGGCGGAGAGAAGCUAUGAGCAAGGAACUGCAGGAGGGGUCAAGUGAAGGAGCAAACAAAGUGGAAUAUUUACUACCUUUAAUGUUAUUUCCUGUUCCCCGUGGAGAUUCCUGGACUCAACUUGUUUUCAGAGUUUCUUAAAGGGAAGCAGAAAAACUGCAAAGACAGAGAGGGAAACCCCGUCUGUCAAGUCAACUCUGCCUUUGCUGGAGUAAAAGACAGAAGAUCCCUGUGACCUCUUGGGUCUCUCAUGUCGACCGGAGCCGAGGGUUCGGAACACUGACUGACUUUUGACCUCGGCUACAGGGGGUCAGAGGGGUCAAAACAACUAUAUCAGAUGUAUCCAUCAUUUAUUGGCCUGGGGGGUUUGCGCCCUCCCACAGUUGAUCAAUAUUCUCAGAGUACGCCUGGCUGUAAGAGUGACGGUGUUCCUAGUGGUGUUUCUCGACAGUCGACGGCUUUCCGACUGACUGAGACUCGAGAGAGGAGGGAAAAUAAUGACAACGUGAUUUAAAACAUGUUUUCGUAGUAAAAGUAUAACUUUGUUGAUGUUACCAGUCUUUUAAUAGCGGUACGAUUAUUACUAUUUUUUAUAUUUUUUAGAGUAAGUUGAAGAAAAAAAAUAAGCAGUCUCUCUCUUUCGACUUUGGAGUGGCACUAGCUAUGAGAAAGUGGCUGAACUACCAUGUUGUAAUAGAUGAAAGAAGAGGGUGCGGUCAGGAAAAAAAAAAAAACCCUGAAAAGCAACUUCAUCUGUUUUUGUUGGCA